CAAAACCAAUUGGAACUCAUUUAACGAUGAUCAAUUCAAACAUCCUUGUAUGUUAACCUCUGAUCUUCUUCCCCCUUCUUAUCCCACCCUAGAGCUUUCUUUGGAUAUUGCAGAAAACCAUGAGCAUGAAUUGCCUUAAUUGCAACUCCCCGAAGAGUAAUAUGUCCGACUCUGACAAGGAAUAUGGCAUCAGCACAAAUCCUAUCAGGAAACGUAGUUGUGCAAAGAUUGAGAGGUUCUGGUCGGGGACCAUUCCUCCUCCGCCCUACGGCUACAAGAAAAUGAGAAGUGGGUUUGCAAAUCCGAUAGAGAAGAAGGUAAAGACGGGUCAUCUUCGAAAUAUUAGUGAAGGAGCUGCUGCAUUCGAAGGCAACAGGGAGCCCAGGCUGGUGAGGAGCAGUGGAAUGCGAAGGGAUUGGAGCUUGGACGAUCUGAUAAAGUCAGAAGACAAGAAAGGGAGAAAAUCAUGAGAAAUCAUGACUACAGCUCUAGCUCUUUUACUCAUAUAUCCCAUCUUUCUGUUGUUGUCGUUGUUGUUGUUUUUUUUUUUUUUUUCCCUCCCUCUUU